UGAAAACUGUCAUAGCUGCCAGACACAUGUGAGGGGAUUCAUGAGUAAAUGAGACAAAAUAGGUCUUCACAAUGUUUAAUUAGGAGCUGCUUCUUCUGACUGCAUCCCCUCCUGUUGCUGGCAGGGAAUGGGCAGAUAUUCCAGAAGUACUUGCACCUUUCUAAUGCCAAGUUACAGCAGCACUGAGUCUGUAGAGUGACUGGCUCUGCAAAUUGAGAGAGAUUUCUAGAGGAGUCUCUGGUGUUUUGAAAAUGUGACCAAAUUUCAGUGUAUGAAAGAAGAAAAACAUUUUGAGAAAAUUUUAAGUAAAAGCUGGGAAGCUUUGUUUCUUGACAAAUACUUAACUACGCACAGUUAUUUUUUUAGCUGUUUUACUGCUCUUCAAUAGUUCUGCUUGUGACUCAUUUCUUAGCAAAAUAAACAGAUGUGACCGCCUUGUGAUGGGUGUAAGUGAUCAAGAGGAGUGUUCCUUCUGCUCAGUCUUGCAGUGACUCAGGCCUGAAGCUUUUUCAAGACCAAAAGGGACAAAUGUGGUUGGGAAAUUCCCUGUAAGAAUUGGAGUGAUUACCACUGUUCACAUUUCUGUACAUCUGCCUGGCAUGAGCAGUAGCUUACUCUGUGUGACUUACAGCUUGAAUUACAUGAGAAGUGUAUGUCUAAACUGAGGGGGGAGAAAUGUGUAACUCUCAGAAGUGAUCUGCCUCAUACUUGCAGGGGAAAAAAUCAUAAAUGUCAAGUACCCUUUAGGGAAGGAAUUGGAAAAGUGUGGUGGCAAAGGAUAAAAACAAGUUGGUUUGAAAGAGAAGCCUGACUCUGUUUAGACAGUGCCACAUCCUGCUGAUGUUGGGCAGUAGGAACAUGAAAACUAUUCUAUGAAAUUCAAUUUGUUUGAGAACAUCAAGUGUCACUCCUCUGCUGAAACCUCAUCAGUCUUGAAAUGCUCUAUAAAUAGGGAAGAGUUGUGAUCCUUUAGCUUUUUAAAUUUCCUUUACAUUACCAAAAAUGAGGAAGGUGAUGGAACUGGAACUUCUGAUAACUCUUCAAGAACUAAAGUAUUGGCAUAUCUUCUUAGAACCUAGCUUUUAAAUAGAGGAAUAUAAUUCAAACCCUCUCUAAUUAUCUUUUGGUCAAAAUCUGAAAUGCUUUAGUGAAUUUCCUACUAGGAGGGUAUUUCAAAGAGUAUUUAUCAUAUAGGGAAAUUAUUAAGCUACAUAAUUUAGACUUUUAAUUAAUCCACCAAAGUAAUUGUUGACUGCUUUCUUGCAGUAUUUAGGUGGUGAAACAUUUCAGAGAAAACCAAUCCCAAAUGAAUUGUGGCAAAAUAUACACAACCAGCUCCUGGGGAACUGGUUUUUUUAGCUGCUGCUCAGCAGUCUUGUCAUUUGGAAAAGGAGGGGUUUGGUUUUUAAGCCUGACAGUGAUUUCCUACACAUUAAAUCUCUGUGGUUGCAUCUCACUUAAUGCCAUAACUCUUAACACUGCAGGAAUUUGGAGAGGGAAAAAGACUACAGCUGGAGACUUGGUAGUAACAGUGCAUAUUAAAUGUUCCUAAAAGACUAGUUGGGGAAAAAAAUAAGACUUUUUAAUAUGUAACAAGGCCUCUGAAAAAAGUUCUGAUGGUUUAGUAUUUCUUUUCUCGAUUAACGCUUUUCCUUGCAGUAAUCCACUUUGUGGGGAAGAGUAAUGGGAAGUUAAUUCAAGCCCCAGAGCUUGCAGUUGGUGGCACUCAUGUGGAUUUGUGUAUCAUGCUACAUUAAAAUAGUAAGUCAAAGUCUUGAUUCAGAUUCCACAAAAAGUGGGAAUAAACAUAUCCAGUUCCAUUUACAAAACUAAGCCAGAUUUUGAGGGGUCAGUAGCAGUGACAGCUGUCCCACGAGUACCGGAGCCAUCCUUUGCUUGAAGUUUAACAAGAUGAUUAGGAGGUUUUUUACGUCACUUCAUGGGCCUCUUCUGUGGGUACUUGUUACUUCCCAAGUUAAAUAGGGGAAAACUGCUGCUCUUCAGUGGCAUAUGGAAUUUAGAGAUGAACUGCAUUAACAUAGCUAAUUCAAGGCCAUCUGCCAUACCUUUUUUUCUUCCCUCGGGAAAAUCUUCAGAACACAGAGAAACUAAUUCACUAUGAUGUUUUGAGGUAGCUCCACUCUUUUAUGGUCAACACCCUCGGUCAUCACUGCCCUUCCAGCAGAGCGUGGCAAUAAUAAAUCCUAAUCCAAGUGAGCAAACAUGGAUAAAGGUGUGUUGGGCCAAAGCUCCCUGCUGAGUGGAAUGGGUGGGUGCCCCUCUCUUCCCAAAGUUUUCUGUUCUGGCUGGCACAUGGAAGGAGAUGGAGGCAGGUCUGGCCAGGUGUGUUCCCUGCCCAGUGUUACCAGGUGACAUCACAAGAAGCUGGGGCAGGAGAAGCUGGGGUGACAGGAUGGAACACGGGUCUGAACACACGGGGCACUGCUCGUCUUUGCUCUACGGAGAUUGCUGUGGUUUUAGAGUUCUCUGCCCUGCCUCAGAAUAGAACAUCAGCCUCUAAAAAAGAACAGUAGCAUCGGUGAGCAGAUGUGGGAGGUGUAGAGUCUGUGUUCAGCAUCUCGACUGUCUGCCUGGGGAUGGGGAUGGCUUGGUCCAGGACAUACUUAUGCAGCCAGAAAACAAACCUACUAAAAUUUUCCCAACAUGAAUUAAGUAACAUUUCAUAGCAAAAAUCUGAAGAACAACAUGUUUAUAGUAGCAUCUGGACUGCAACCUAUGGUUUUAGAAAAUAGGUGAGUACUGUACCCGGUAAAAUGAAAUACAGUGUAAUAUGCACUGUUAAGCAUUUUGCCCUAAAGAUGGCUAUUCACAAGUGGUGGUAGUUUUUGAGUCAUUGUGUAUGGAGUAAAAGACUGAAUGGAAUUUUAGGAGUAACCCAUAAAACCUCAGGUGUUUAAAUAAAACCUCAUACUGAUGUAUCUUACCAUAUUGGAAAGAGCUUAGUGGGUAAGAUGAAGAGUUCACCAUGAUACACCUGGUGAAAAUAAAUGUGAAUGUAAUUUUAAAAGAACAAACGGUAGCAUUUUAGAUUUCCACUGUUGUAGAUGUUUCUCAUAGUAGGUGGAAGGAUGGCAUGGAAGUGGAAGUAUUCCCCCAAGGAACAGCUGGAGGAUGUGAGCAGCCUGCACGCAGGGCUCACGGGGCUGCAGAACCUGGAGAACACGUGCUACAUGAACGCGGUGCUGCAGUGCCUCUGCAGCCUGACCCCGCUCGUGCAGUAUUUCCUCUCGGGAAAGUGGAACACAGCCCUGCACGAGGAGAUUGGAGAGUCUGCGACUGCCUUUGGCUGUUUGGUGUCUGACAUGUGGCUUGGAGAGUUUGAUUAUGUUUCCCCUGAGGCUUUUCAUUCAGUCUUUGGGAAGCGGUACCCAGCUUUUAGCAGGAGGACUCAGCAUGAUGCACAGGAGUUCCUCAUCUGUGUGCUGGAUGACCUCCAUGAGGCUUUCAAGCAGCCAAGCCAAGAAAGACAGAGCUCUGCUGUGGGAGCAAGCACAAGGAGUAGCAGUGGCACAUCUAUAAUAACACACUUAUUUGAGGGACAGCUCAGUUAUGCUAUCAGGUGUCUGACGUGCAAAACCCUCAGUGACAGACCCGAGAGCUUCACCGUCCUCUCCCUGCCCAUCCCUUCCACCAGAGUGUGCUCUCUGCAGGACUGCCUGGAAUGUUUUUUUCAGCCAGACACACUGACUCGGAACAACCAAAUCCACUGCUGCUGGUGUGGAAGCAACCAAGAUGCAACAGUAAAGGCCUCCAUAACCAAGGCACCACGGAUCAUCAUUUUUCAUCUAAAGAGGUUUGCCUGGCAGGACAAGCACAGAAGGAAACUCUCAACCACCGUCUGCUAUCCAUUCAGCGAUCUGGAUCUCUCUCCCUACAUCUCCACAUCGUGUCACAACAAUACAGAGUACAGCUUGUGUGCUGUAGUGAACCAUGCUGGAGAUCUGGAUUAUGGCCACUACACGGCCUUCUGCAAGCACUCAGUCACCAAACACUGGUACAGCUUUGAUGAUGCCCAGGUCACCAAGAUCCCAGACUCUGCAGUGCAGGCUGACACAGCUUACCUCCUCUUCUACAUCUCCCAAGGCUACUGACACCCUGUUAGUCUUGAAAAUGAACACUGGGUAGGG